GAACAGGGAAGUCCAUUGGUUGAAAGACGGAGAGGUGCAGCUCCGUCUUCCAACCUCCACCAGUGUUAAACCGAACCUUCGCCGAGGGCGGGGCUCUCACGGGAAAGGGGUCAACGCGGGACUGAGGCGGCGUGGGAAGAGGGCGACCUUGUCUCUGCUCAGCUGGAAAAAGGCCCGGGGUAACACCGGAAGUGGGCUCAUUUGCUCAUCAGCUACUUCCGCUUCUACUUAAAAAGGAGGAUCUGGAUAAAAGAACCGAAAGGCUGUACGAACCUAAGACUUGUCUCUGAUGUCCUUCUCAACCAUCCAUUUCAUAUGCGAGGGAAAAGACCUGUUGGGUUCACGCAGAAUGUAAAGGACUUUGAAAUAAUUCUUGAUCUCUAGGCCAAGGAGUUUUACAUUUUAAAAUAAUCAAGCGUGCCUACUGCUUGCCAGGCUCUGCUCUCGCCUUCACUCGCAUUAUUCAACUAAUCGACCCAGGCCUGUGCAGUGCGUCUUAUGACAAGGACUCCUACCCUUCACUGCCUGUGUUGGAAUCCUGGUUCUGCCAGUUAUUAGCUGGGUAUCCUGGCCUAAGUUACUCUCUGCCACAGUUUCUGACUCUGUAAAAUAGGAUAAUAGUAUCUACCUUAUACUGUUAUUCUAAAGAUAAAUAAAUUUAACAUAUUUAGGCUGGGCACGGUAGCUCACACCUGUAAUCCCAGCACCUUGAGAAACCAAGGGUGGAAGGAUUGUUUGAGCCCAGGAGUUGAAGACCAGCCUGGGUAAAAUAGUGAAACUCCCCGCCUCUCCAAAAAAAAAAAAAAAAAAAAAAAAAAAAAAAAAAAAAAAAAAAAAAAAAAAAGAGCCAGGCGUGGUGGCAAGCACCUGCGGUCCCAGCUACUCCGGAGGCUGAGGUGGGAGGAGGAUUGCUUGAGCCUGGGAGGUCGAGGCUUCAGUGAGCCGUGACUGUGGCACUGCACUCCAGUUUGGGCAACAGAGUGAGACCUCGUCUCCAAAAGAACAAAAAAUUUAACAUAUUUAAAGCACUCAGAACAGCACCUGACACAUGGUAACCACAGUAACCAGAGAAAAGGCCAUGUGGAGACACCAUGAAAAGCCCCCUCUGCAAGCUGAGGAGAGAGGCCUCACCAGAACUGGACCAUGUAGGCGGCCUCGAUCCUGGACUUCCAGCCUCCAGAACUGUGCUGUUGGGAACACAGAGGAAGUGACUGGCUGGGGGUUCAGGGAAAGCUCCGUAGAAGAGGGAACACUUGAGCUGGGUCUUGAAGGAUGAGUAGAAGUUCACCAAGUGGGAAAGGACACUCUAGGAUGGCCGAGCCUCGAUUUAACAACCCCUACUUCUGGCCCCCUCCUCCCACCAUGCCCAGCCAGCUGGACAACCUGGUCCUGAUUAACAAGAUCAAGGAGCAGCUGAUGGCCGAGAAGAUCAGGCCGCCUCACCUGCCGCCCACGUCGGCCUCGUCGCAGCAGCCGCUGCUAGUGCCGCCGGCGCCCGCCGAGAGCAGCCAAGCCGUCAUGUCGCUGCCCAAGCUGCAGCAGGUGCCCGGGCUGCAUCCGCAGGCGGUGCCGCAGCCCGACGUGGCGCUGCAUGCGCGGCCGGCCACCAGCACCGUCACAGGUCUGGGGCUGUCCACCCGGACCCCGUCUGUGAGCACUUCUGAGUCAAGCGCGGGCACGGGCACGGGCACGGGUACCAGCACCCCGUCCACACCCACCACCACCAGCCAGAGCCGCCUCAUCGCCUCGUCCCCCACCCUCAUCUCAGGGAUCACCAGCCCCCCUCUCCUGGACUCCAUCAAGACAAUCCAGGGCCACGGCCUGCUUGGCCCCCCCAAGUCCGAACGCGGCCGCAAAAAGAUCAAGGCGGAGAACCCGGGGGGUCCGCCUGUCCUUGUAGUCCCCUACCCCAUCCUGGCCUCGGGCGAGACUGCCAAGGAGGGCAAGACGUACAGGUGUAAGGUGUGCCCACUGACCUUUUUCACCAAGUCGGAGAUGCAGAUCCACUCCAAGUCGCACACAGAAGCCAAGCCCCACAAGUGCCCGCACUGCUCCAAGUCCUUCGCCAACGCCUCCUACCUGGCCCAGCACCUGCGCAUCCACCUGGGCGUCAAGCCCUACCACUGCUCCUACUGUGAUAAGUCCUUCCGGCAGCUCUCCCACCUCCAGCAGCACACCAGAAUCCACACAGGCGACAGACCCUACAAGUGCCCACAUCCUGGCUGCGAGAAGGCUUUCACUCAGCUCUCCAACCUCCAGUCUCACCAGCGCCAGCACAACAAGGACAAGCCCUACAAGUGUCCCAACUGCUACCGGGCCUAUUCGGACUCCGCUUCCUUGCAGAUCCACCUCUCGGCCCACGCCAUCAAGCACGCCAAGGCCUACUGCUGCAGCAUGUGUGGGCGGGCCUACACCUCGGAGACCUACCUGAUGAAGCACAUGUCCAAACACACGGUGGUGGAGCACCUGGUGAGCCAUCACUCGCCCCAGAGGACGGAGUCCCCCGGCAUCCCGGUGCGAAUCUCUCUCAUCUGAGCCCACUGGAGGCGCCACCCCACCCGGCCCACUGGCAGACACAGACCCAGGCAGCACCAGGCCCCAGCUCCCUCCGGGGGCCCUCCAGGAACCACCAAGCUCUCUCACGACCUUCCCAAUCUUCCAGAAGGCUUGGUCCGCAGAAGCCCUGCCUGGUCCAGUCGGGGGCGGCCAGGCCAACUGCAAGAUUCUGGACUGUUUUGGUGGCAUCCAAAGACGAUCUCAGAGCACUUUGAACCUCUCUGUUGAGUUUUCUUUUUGUUCCCCACCCUUCACUUGCUUCACUGUUUUUUUUUUUUUUUUCGUUUUUUUAAGUUUGUUUUGGAAAUAACAGAAAAGAUAUUUAUUGGCCAGGAAGUUGGUGCUGCUAAGACCGAGAAAUUUAAAGAAUCGGACAGAUGGACGCAGAGAACCAGAGGGCAAUGUGGGACCUUCUCUUGCCAUGGCCUCAGGUCUUGAGGGAAGGCUCGGGCCUGGGUUUCUGGACUGCAAAAGGGACCUCCAGGUGGGAGGGACAGGAAGCAGCCGGAGUGAGCCCUUCGCCCCUGAGUGCCUGGCUCGCGCCUCUCGAGCUGUGCCCCGGGCAUCACUGAGCAGAGGGGUGCGGUAGCUUCAGGAGGCGGAAACAAGAGGGGCAGGAGAUCCACAGGACCAAAGGGUGCAGUGAUGGGCUGGGUGGUGGGCCCAGGGAAAUGGGGUGGGGAUGGGCUGGGUAAGACCUGGCCCUCCCCUGCUGCCCUGAAGACCACCCCAGUCUACCUCGGUGCUGGCCAGGAAACCUUUCGGCUACCUCUCCCACCAUCCCAGACUGUGGGCAGGGGGAUGGGGAGGGAGUGGGCCUGGGGCUGGGACCUCCCUCCAGAAUUUCCUCCAGAUGGGGGCAGUGCCCAGGGAGGGGUUAUUUGUCUUCCCUGCCAUGGAAUGGGAAUCCCCAGCCGAGGCCCUAGGCCCCUCAGCAGGGAAGGGAUCCUCGGGGAGGCAGGUCCCAGGAGCAGACCCUGCCCCCAGCCCCCACAGACACACCCCAAUCUGAAAGCCAUGCGUGUCGGUGUAUAUAGGAACCAUGUACAGAGCCCGGAGAAGCCCCCUACAUCCCCCCGGGAAAAAAAAGAAAACUAGACAGAAACUCAUCUAUAUAUUCUGUAUCUGGAGUUCCGUUUUGAAUAUUAACUGUGUUAUUUUUAUACACUUUUUAAGCCUUAACUCGCCAUUGAUUUACCAGUUUAACGUUUCCUGGGGUUUCUUUUCCUGUGGGGUUCUCUGCCCCCACCCCCGGCCCUUUGUUUGACUUGCGUCGUCUGAUACUCAGUAUUGUAGCUUUUUGUCCGCAUGUUACUCCCUGUAAAUACGCUGUUAUACAUACUGUUAACACCCCUUUGCUUUUUCUAUGGGACCUCCAGGCCACCAUAUUUAGAACUAGUUACCUUAUUAAAAAAGAAAAAACAGUC